GUUUCAUUUAGAAGUGACUUGGAAGUAUGUCGACAUAUUCAAUGUUUGACGUAUCAUUAAACGCCUUUCUCUUCAAGACCUAUAAUAUCAAUCCACCUUGAAGAGACUUGCUUGAACCAUCCAAUAUGCCUAUCACGAAAUUUGAUUUUGAUGAAAAAUACAAGUACCAGAAUGGGUUUGGGUCUUAUUUCGAGACCGAAGCCAUUCAGGGCGCUCUACCCAUUGGUCAGAAUUCUCCUCAAAAACCACCCUACGGUUUAUAUGCCGAGAAGUUCUCUGGUACCGCCUUCACGGCUCCGCGACAUGAGAACCAACAAUCAUGGCUCUAUCGAAUACUUCCUUCGAGUACACAUCCCCCCUUUGGCCCCGCGACCUCUAAGACGGAUAAUUCGGCCGAUAUCUCAAAACUUGAAUACAUACCAAAUCAAUUGAGAUGGGAUCCCUUCGAUCACAACGAUCAGAUCGACUUCGUGUCGGGUCUACAUCUUGUCGCAGGAGCUGGUGACCCAACGCUGAAACAAGGCAUUGGCAUAUACAUAUACGCCGCGGGGAAGUCGAUGGACGAGCGUUCUGCCUUCUAUUCGGCAGACGGUGAUCUUUUGAUUGUAGCUCAGGAUGGGGUUCUAGAUAUCAGGACCGAGCAAGGCUGGCUUCUAGUCCGGCCCAUGGAGAUCUGUGUUAUCCCACGAGGUGUCAAAUAUCAAGUUCAUCUACCCUCCGGUCCGGUUAGGGGAUAUGCGCUUGAGCUAUACCAAGGCCAUUUCAGUCUCCCAGAGCUAGGUCCAAUCGGAUCAAAUUGUCUGGCGAAUAUCCGCGAUUUUCAAGCCCCCGUCGCUUGUUUCAGUGAGGACUUUGGCGCGACUGCUUCCGAAGGGCCUAAUUCCUACACAAUCACGGUCAAGUUCAAUAACUCACUCUUCCAGACUAAACAAGCCCAUACACCAUUCGAUGUUGUGGCCUGGCAUGGUAAUUACUACCCAUACAAGUAUGACCUCGGUCGCUUUAACACUAUCGGGAGUAUCUCGUAUGAUCAUCCGGACCCGUCGAUCUUCACUGUUCUCUCGGGUCUGUCGGAUCACCCCGGCACCGCUAUUGCCGAUUUCGUUAUCUUCCCGCCGCGCUGGCUAGUAGCUGAGAACACGUUCAGACCACCUUGGUAUCACCGCAAUACCAUGUCAGAGUUCAUGGGUCUUAUCGCGGGUGAGUACGACGCGAAGAAGGGCGGUCAGGGCGGUUUUAUGCCUGGUGGCGCCAGCUUACACAAUGUCAUGAGUGGACAUGGACCAGAUGCGAAGAGCUUUGAGGGCGCGAGCAAUGCCGAACUCAAGCCUGCGUUCGUUGGUGGGGAUAGUUGUGCUUUCAUGUUUGAGAGCUGCUUGAUGGUGGGUGUCACUGAGUGGGGCCUGAAAACGUGCAAGAAAGUACAGGACAGCUACAACGAGGAAAGCUGGGGUGGCGUUCAAGUACAUUGGAAGAGGCCCGAGGGUGUAGGCGCUAAUAGCCACUUGCUCAAGUGAAGCAGGUAGUAGAUUCUGUACCAAAAUUGAGAUCAGCAACUAAUAUCUGAAAUUAAUUUUUUUGCCUCGGAAUAUUAAGUAUUCAACAAAUUCGCCUACACAAGUGUCUAGGUAGAUAUCUACCAUUAUGCCAUCUGA